UCAGCGUCCGCAGGGGAGGGACGCGCGCUGCAACAAAGAAACACGCCGUUCACAUUCAUGAAUUCAUCUCUGCUUCAUUUACUUAAAAUAUCACAGUCGAGAGGAUUUUCAAACAGCCUCGGACAUAGAAGGUUUUCCCCCCUGGUGUAACUUAAUUUUGAACAGGAGCAGGAGAGACAGCUUCCUGAACGCGCGCGUCUGUAACCUUUGAUUUUUAUAACGCUGACAGAAGCACGCGGAAAGCUCACCUAGGACACAAAACAACUGCAUUUCUCGUAUUCAUAUAGUGUGUGGAGAUUAUUAGCUUAAGAAGUCGUUCAUCCAGAACUGGGGAGUUUUAAUAGGCGUCGCGUUGAGUCACGGCAGGUAGUGACAAGUUUGAUUCGGACGUUUGAAGGCUCUCAGUCGCGGCUGGAUAUCUGAUGUUUACCGGGAGUUUAAGGACACCGAGCUGCCGCAAUGUCGACCGGAGCGGGGAAGAGAAUAGAGAGCCGGGUGAGAAAACUAGAAACGCUGAUCAAGAACCAGAAAUCACCGUUGAACUUGGAGAGUUUGCUGGAUUCAGUAACUGCCCUUGCCCUUGAUCUGAACCAUCCAGCACUGAGAAAGAACAAAAACAUAGAUGCCUUCUUAAGCAGAUAUGAAAAGGCCGUGUGCAACCUCAGGGAACUACAGGUGAAGCUGGAUGAUUUUGAUCGAGUCAAGCUGAUCGGUCGUGGAGCGUUUGGCGCAGUGCAGCUGGUACGGCACAAAGUGUCUCAACAAGUUUAUGCCAUGAAGCAGCUCAGCAAGUUUGAGAUGGUCAAGCGCUCUGACUCCGCCUUCUUCUGGGAGGAGCGUGACAUCAUGGCUUUCUCCCAGAGUCCUUGGAUAGUUCAGCUGUGCUGUGCAUUCCAAGAUGAAAAGUACCUUUAUUUGGUGAUGGAGUUCAUGCCCGGUGGAGAUCUGGUGACUCUGACCAGCAACUAUGACAUCCCAGAGGAGUGGGCUCGAUUCUACACGGCAGAAGUGGUGAUGGCACUUGAUGCUAUCCAUUCUCUGGGCUUCAUCCACAGAGACAUCAAACCAGACAACAUGCUGCUGGACCGCAACGGACACCUCAAACUCGCAGACUUUGGCACAUGCAUGAAAAUGGACUCGACUGGUAUGGUACGCUGUGACACUGCUGUUGGGACACCUGAUUACAUUUCUCCAGAGGUUUUAAUGUCUCAAGGAGGAACUGGUUUUUAUGGCCGGGAGUGUGACUGGUGGUCUGUUGGUGUUUUCAUUUAUGAGCUUCUAGUGGGUGACACACCGUUUUAUUCCGAGUCACUGGUGGGCACAUAUGGAAAGAUCAUGGAUCACAAGAACAGCUUAACUUUCCCAGAUGAUAUAGAAAUGUCAAAGGAUGCCAAAGAUCUCAUCUGUGCCUUUCUGAGUAGCAGGGAGGUGAGGCUUGGCCGGACUGGAGUGGAUGAAAUAAAAUGUCACCCCUUCUUCAAGAACGAUCAGUGGACCUUCGACACCAUACGAGACACCAUGGCUCCAGUGGUGCCGGAGCUGAGGAGCGAUAUUGACACCAGUAACUUUGAUGAUGACAUUAAGGAUGAUCCGCUAGGAACAGAGACGUUCCCUCCGCCCCGUGCCUUCGCAGGGAACCAGCUACCAUUUGUGGGUUUCACCUAUUUCAGGGAGGACCAAUUGUUAACUCAACAAAAUAAGUGUUCAGAUGAGGAGAUCAUUGAAGAUCACUGUUUAAACCACACAGAGUCCAACGACCUGGAGAAGAGGCUGAAAAAGUUGGAGGAAAAAUUCAAACAUGAGAUGCAAGCAAAGGAAGAACUGGAAAAUAAAUGCCGAACAGCAAAUCAGCGGCUGGAGAAAUUGUCCAAAGAUCUUGAAGAAGAAGUGAAUGCGAGACAGGAGGCGGAAGACAACCUAAGAUCUCUGGAGAGAGAGAAAGUUUUACUGAAACACCAGCGUACAGAGAGCGUAAGAAAAGCUGGUCUAGAGACAGACAGAAAACGGCUGCUGGAGAAUGAAGUAAGCAGCCUGAAAGAGCAGCUUGCCGAACUGAAGAAGAAGAACCUGAACUCUCAUCUGUCUGCUGAGAAGAACAUUCACUUGGAAAGACAGCUGGAGGAGGUGAGUGCCAAGCUUCAGGCCGAGCUGGAGGAGUCGGAGAGGCUGAAGAAGGCCCAGACCGAGGCCUUUAGGCAGUCCCAGCAGCUGGAGCUUUCUCUUAGGGAGCUGCAGGAGCGUCUGGCCCAGCUGGAGAGCAGCAGGCUGGGUCUGGAGCAGGAGAAACUCAACCUGCAGACCUCGCUGGAGCUGGAGAAACGAGAGAGAAACGUCAGCUCAGAGACCAUCACUGACCUGCAGGGUCGUAUCUAUGGACUGGAGGGUGAGUUAAAGCACAUAAAGAGUUCUCUAUCAAAAGCUGAAGUUGAGAAAAGACAAUUACAGGAGGAUCUUACAACCCUGGAAAAGGAGAAGAAUAAGCAGGAGAUCGACCUCUCCUUUAAACUUAAAGCACUUCAGCAGAGUCUGGAGCAGGAGGAGGCUGAACAUAAAACCACUAAAGCCAGAUUGGCCGACAACAACAAAAUCAACCAAUCCAUAGAGGAGGCAAAGUCUGAGACCCUGAAAGACAUGGAACAUAAGCUGCUUGAGGAACGGUCUGCGAAGCAACAACUGGAAAACAGACUGAUGCAGCUGGAGAAGGAAAACUCCAUAUUAGACUGCGAUUACAAACAAGCAAAACAUGAGCUUCAGGAGCUCUGCUCGCUCAAAGAAAAUCUCACAGAGCAGGUGGAGGUGCUGAAUGUGCGGGUGCAGCAGGAGACACAGAGGAAAACUCUCUGUCAAGGGGAUCUCAAAGUACAGAGGCAGGAGAUCAACAGCCUGCGGUCAUCAGAACAACAGCUCAAACAAGAGCUCAACCAUCUGCUGGAGCUCAAACUCAGCCUGGAGAAACAAAACCAGGAGCUGUCUAGGGAGAGAGAAGAAUCCGAGAUGCAGCUGAAGGAGGUGAAGGACCAGCUGGAGGCUGAGCAGUACUUCACGAAACUGUAUAAGACUCAGAUUCGAGAGAUGAAAGAGGAAAGCGAUGAAAAGGUUAAACUCUACAAAGACGCUCAGCAGAGAAUAGAGGACCUGCAGGAAGAGAGGGACUCGUUAGCAUCUCAGUUGGAGGUGAGCCUGACGAAGGCAGACUCUGAACAGUUGGCUCGCUCCAUCGCUGAAGAGCAGUACUCAGACCUGGAGAAAGAGAAGAUCAUGAAGGAACUGGAGAUCAAAGACAUGAUCGCAAGACACCGGCAGGAUCUCGCAGAAAAAGAUGGUACUAUCAACUCGCUGGAGGAAUCAAACCGUACGCUGACUGUGGAUGUUGCCAACCUGGCUAAUGAGAAAGAAGAGCUCAACAAUAAACUCAAGCACAUACAGCAAAAGCUGGAGAAGACCAAAGAAGAAGAGAAACAGAUUAAAUCUCUCACGGUGUCAUAUGAGAAGCAGAUACAGGUGGAGAAAACACUCAAGAUUCAGGCUAUAAACAAGCUAGCGGAGGUCAUGAAGAAGACGGACGGCAGGCCACAGCAAAUCAACAACACAGACAUCCGCAGGAAGGAGAAGGAGAUCAGACAACUCCAGCUGCAGCUCCGCACGGAGAAAGAAAAGCUCAACCACUCCAUCAUCAAAUACCAGAGAGAAAUCAACGAUAUGCAGGCUGUGAUAGCAGAGGAGUCUCAGGUGCGUCUGGAGAUGCAGAUGUCUCUGGACAGUAAAGACAGUGAUAUUGAGCGUCUGCGUGGUCAGCUCACAUCUCUGAGCAUUCAUUCUCUGGACACCACCAGCAUCAGCAGCACCGGCAACGACAUGGAAUCAGACGAGGCUUAUCCAGUGAGAAUCACACACUCACACACCUCGGAGUCUAUGUCCUUCACAUACCAGCGAAGCUCCAAGUCUGUGUGUAUUGAUACCCGGCCCUGUCGAAUCGCUCCUCGCUUCUCCUCUGACUCUGAGGAAGAGGAGGAUGAGGAAGAUGAGUGGAGGCAAACACCUGCCCUCACAUAUGAGACCCCUCAUGACCCAGAGGCUGCAGCCACAGAGUCCGGUCUUGAAGGAUGGCUCUCAAUGCCUGCCAAAAACACUAAACGGUUUGGAUGGGAUAAGAAGUAUGUGGUCGUGAGCAGCAAGAAGAUCCUGUUUUAUGACUCUGAACAAGACCGAGAGCAGUCCAGUCCAUUCAUGAUCCUGGACAUUGACAAACUCUUCCACGUGAGACCCGUCACUCAAACAGAUGUUUACCGCGCAGAUCCCAGAGAAAUCCCUCGCAUCUUUCAGAUAUUAUAUGCGAAUGAAGGAGAGAGCAAGAAAGAGGAGCUGGCAGUGGAGUCAUUAUCUGUGACUGAGAGGUCAUUGUGUAUCCCACACAAGGGUCACGAGUUUAUUCUGACGCUUUAUCACUUCCCCUCGAGCUGCGAGGUCUGUCCACGACCCCUGUGGCAUGUCUUCAAACCUCCGCCGGCCCUCGAGUGCAGACGCUGCAGAGUCAAGUGCCAUAAAGACCACAUCGAUCGCAAAGAGGAGGUCCUCGCUCCAUGUAGAGUGAAUUAUGACAUGUCCACAGCGAAAGAGAUGCUGCUGCUAGCGAGCUCCACUGAGGAGCAGCAAAAGUGGGUCAGUCGGCUGCUCAAGAGGGUUCCUCGUAAACCCUCCAUCGCCCACUCGUCCAGCAUAGCCAUAUCCGCUGCGCCCUCAGAGGCGUCACCCUCUGCCCUUUCCCCUCAGCCCUCACCUCACCUCGCUCAGUCUUCACCCAGACUUUCACACCGAGCAGCCGUCAAAGUGCACUCCACACGACAGCAGCCCUCCAGCAAGAACAGAUUGCUUGAAAUGGGCCUGAAGGACUGGGGUUGGGCUCUUGAGGUUGAAAUGGAUGAUGACGAUGUUUUAGACUUCUGAGGACUUGUGUUUUUGGGGCUAACCUUGGUGAAGGCCGGAGAGGUGAUCAUCCAUCUGGGGUCUAUGAAAGCGGAAAAUGUCAUAGUGUUCAUUUGGGCUAAUGGCAGGACAUCCAAGUGCCAAACACCACAAUAUAAAUGACUAGGGAAGGGGACGGUAUAUAAUAUUUAAAUACAGCACAAGCCAUAAAUCACCUAAAGUGGCUAGUUUCAAUUUUAAGUCAUUUUAAGAGUAGAGUGUUGUGUGUCUUCCUACUACACAGUUUGUCGAAACUUGUUUCUUCUAAGCUUUUAAAAUUUCAGAGAUUAUUUUUGGACUCCUUACAGGGUUGCUAGUAAGUGUGACUGGUUGCUCAAGUGUGUUUCAGAGAAAAUGAACGAUAAUUACGUGAUCAUCAGGAUUUAUAUACUCAAGUAUUAUAUCUAUUUUUGUUAGGAAACACAAAUAUUUAGUGGCACAGAUUAUAUUUUUGUCAUCUGUUAUUUUAAAGAAAAACUUCAAGAAGCAUUACGUCUGCUCUAUGUAUUCUUGAAGACUGAUAUCAUGAUGCAAAGAUGCAUAUUUUAUUAAAUGCUAUGACGAAUUUGUAUGCAUAGUGGAACAUGAAGACCUACGGUCCAAACAUUUUCUUUAUUUUAUCAUUUUGUGAAAUUGUUAAUAAAAAAAGCUUUAUUGAUGGAA